AUGAUUCGUCGUACCAGGAGUGCAGGUAACGAAGAUCUUUUGUUCAACGCAGAGAUUAAGCGACUUGUCCGAUUGAACAACGGUAAUAGACGCAGGGCAGAACAAAAAGCACGAGCGAGGGAGAGACAGUUAGAAGCAGAGAGAGAGAUGGCAGAAAUUCCGGAACCAGCAAAUGACAAUACCAACAAAACCCUUCGGGACAUGAUGUUCCCGAACAACCUGAACCUCCGGCCGUCAGCCAUAGUACUACCAGAGAUCACUGGAAAUUGGGAGCUGAAACAUACACUGAUUCAAAUUUUGCCCAAGUACAGUGAUAUGCCCGGGGAGGACCCUCAAAGGCACCUCCAAGACUUUGAGAUGGCAUGUGGAACAGUGCGCACCGCUAGUCAAGCUCUUGGCGAGUACAUCCGACUCCUCACUUUUCCGUUCUCUCUAUUAGAAGGAGCGAGGGAGUGGUUGUACGAUUUGCCCGAAGAAAGCAUUCGGACCUGGCAGGAGCUGCAGAGCAAGUUCUUGGAGAAGUAUUUUCCAGCUGCCCGAAUCCAAAACUUGAGGACUCGGAUAAGCAACAUCAAGAUGGGAUCGGGAGAAAUCCUCUACGAGUACUGGGGAAGGUUCAAACAAAUGUUGGCCAAAUGUCCGCAACAUCAAAUACCGGAUCAUGACCUUAUUCGGUAUUUCGUGGGGGGACUUCGAAGGCAAGACAGGCAAUGGUUGCAUGUCGCAUGUGGAGGAUCGAUCCUGAACAAGUCCGCAGCGGAGGCUUUCAAACUCAUAGCCGAUAUGGCCGAGGAAUCAAGGGAUGAGGAAGGCACUAUAGUCAAAACUGCUCCGGUACCAAACCCUUCUGCCCAAGACGAUAAGUUGGAUAAGCUAUGCAACAUGUUCGAGAAAUUCAUGACAAACCAAAGGACCCCCAACAUCCGGAAACCUGUGAAGGCAUGCCAACUUUGCAUGGCAAAUUCGCAUGCAACCGAUGAAUGUCCACAACUUUUCGAAGAUGAAGAGCUAAAUGCUAUUGGGCAACAGCCAAGAGAAAAUAAUGGGGGACAGCAUCAAAAACCCUUUGAACCUUACAGGCAGCAGUACAGCAAUCAAGGGUGGAGACAGCACGAAAACCUUAGGUACGGCAAUAAUAAGUUUUUGGGGCCAAACCAAGGGCAAACGAGCAAUCCACCACAAUACUCGCAACAACCUCAACAGGCAAGAGGGUCCUCCCUGUCAGAACUUGUGCACCAAAUGGUACAACAACAAGUGAAAUACCAGCAAGAGACCGAAAAAUUCAUAAUAGAGACAAGAGGAGGGUGCAGAAUGUGA